GGUUCGCAGAGGGAGGCCCGACUUCCGGGCGGAAGGUUCCUGACCCGGUGUGGUUUCCAGCCGGAAGAGCCGAGCAGAGGCCCACUUAGGGGAGGAAGGUUCCAGAAGUUGGGCGGCUUGCGCAGAACGUUCCUGGGCGGGGUGGAGGCUUCUUCCUGGAAGGUUCCAGAGGUCCAAGCUUCUGCCCUAUAUGAUGCUCCCCUUGUUCCUGCUCCUCUUUGUGGGGCUCCCACUUGUGGAAUCCAAUUUUACCAACGUGACCAAAGCUGUUCCAGCUACUUGGACCUUCAACGUGCAGUGCCAUGAAUGUGUGGCUGAAAACACAUUUGAGUGCUCGAAGCUCAGGACAUGCUUAUACGACCAUAGACGCUGUAUGACCGUAGCUGCACGUGUGAGCCCUCGUUUAUUACUUGUUUACAAGAACUGUACUUGGAAUUGCACAUUUGUAUAUGCUGCUGAACAGCCUCCGGAAACUCCAAGAAGAGUGUUCCCUAAUCAAUUCUAUUUUGUUAAUUGUUGUGGUGGUAUGACUUGCAACUCUGGAGGACCUACCAACGUAGAAAGAGAUUUUUUACCUCCACAGCUAAUUGAGGAGGACUUUGUAGCAGAGUCUGCAUAUUUGGGGAAACCAAAAUUUUUCCUGAGCUUUGCUUCCAUCAUUGUCAGUAAUACAGUGACUUGAGAUGGCCUCUUGGAGGUCCAUUCAUCUUCCCCUGUUGCUCAGAAUGCUGCUGUUCUCUCUUGGAGACGCUGUGUCAGGCCUCCCGUUGGCCCCUUCAUGCCUUGUUGUAAGAGCAAAAUAAAGGAAAAUGCUGUUGGUUGGAAA